AUGGGGAACUUUGAGUACAGUGGCAUCAUGAAACCUGGGCUCAAUGCUAUUCUUGGCCCGACAGGAAGUGGCAAAUCAUCGCUUUUGGAUAUUUUGGCCGCCAGGAAAGAUCCAUCUGGCUUGUCUGGAGAUGUGCUGAUUGAUGGUGUGCUACAACCUACCAACUUCAAGUGUAUCUCGGGCUAUGUGGUGCAGGAUGAUGUUGUGAUGGGCACCCUGACGGUACGGGAGAACCUACUCUUCUCUGCAGCCUUGCGGCUCCCAUCUUCCAUCAGCUUCACGGAGAAGCAGGAGCGCGUGUCGAACGUCAUCACUGAACUUGGGCUGACGAGAGUGGCAGACUCCAAGCUUGGCACAGAAUUAAUCCGAGGUGUGUCUGGAGGUGAAAGGAAGAGGACUAACAUUGGGAUGGAACUGAUCACAGAACCUCCGGUGCUGUUUCUGGACGAGCCAACAACUGGCCUUGAUGCCAGUACUGCAAAAGCUGUUCUUGCUCUUCUAAAACGGCUCGCACAAAGAGGAAGGACAAUUAUUUUUUCUAUUCAUCAGCCUCGUUAUUCUAUAUUCAAGUUAUUUGACAGCUUGACGCUGCUGGCCAUUGGGAGGGUGAUAUACCAUGGGCCUGCCCAGUCAGCACUGCAAUAUUUCCACUCUAUUGGAUAUGAGUGCGAGCCAUUUAACAACCCUGCCGAUUUCUUUUUGGACAUUAUCAACAGAGAUUCCACUGCUGUGGCCGAAACCACAGAUUAUGCAAUGAACUUGAAGGAAAAUGAAGAUGAUUCUAUGGACAAUUUAAAAGAUGCUGACUACAUUGAUAAGACCAUUGUGCAGAAGCUACAUGAAGAAUACCUCAAGUCGGCCAUCCACGUUGAGACGACAAGAAUCCUAAAAGCCAUCGAAGCCAAACAACCGACAUCCAGGAAGAGGAAGUUCAUGCAUUCCAUCACUUACUGCACUUCUUUUUCAACUCAGCUCUACUAUUUGAUCAGUCGUGCCUUUAAGAACCUGAUCCGGAACCCCCAGGCUUCACUUGCUCAGAUUCUUGUAAUGAUUACUUUGGGAGUUGUUGUUGGUGCCAUCUUCUUUGGUGUUAAACUGGACCCAAGUGGAAUCCAGAACAGAGCGGGCUCUCUGUUCUUCUUGACCUCCAAUAUGUGCUUCUCUAGUGUUUCCGCCAUUGAGCUGUUCAUCAGGGACAAGAAGCUGUUCAUUCACCAUUACACCAGUGGAUACUACAGACUGCCCGCUUACUUCAUUGCAAUGCUUAUAGGGGACCUCAUUCCAAUGAGAACACUGCCAGGGGUCAUUUUCUCCAUCAUUACCUACUGGAUGAUAGGCUUUCAAAACGAUAUUUGGAAAUUUUUCUUCUUCAUGCUGACCUUAAUCAUAUUGGCCUACACAGCUACAUCUCUGGCCCUCGCGAUCAGUGCCGGAGUGGACAUGGUGGCUAUUGCCAACCUGCUCAUAGCUUUUUGCUUAAUUUUCAUGAAUAUGUUUUCUGGUCUCCUGGUGAAUCUUCCUUCUGUCAUGAGCUGGCUCAGUUGGCUAAAACAUUUAAGUAUUUCACGCUAUGGACUAACGGCUCUGCAAAUCAAUGAGUUCAGAGGACUGGUCUUUUGUCAAAACACUAAUCGAUCAUAUGAAAAUGCCAUGGCUAACUGCUCCUGGAGCACUUUCCAGUUUGGAGGAAUGUGCUAUGGGGAAGUUUACCUCUGCGGACAGGGCAUUGGCUAUGAUGAUUGGGCCAUGUGGCAAAACAUUUUGGCUUUGGCCUGCAUGAUCCCCAUUUUUUUGACCAUUGCGUAUCUCAGGCUGCACUUCAUGAAGAAGUUCACCUAA